CUCAUCUGGUGGCUUCAACUAGAAGCUAUAUUCACUAAUUUUUGCAGAAUAAAAACCGAUGCCAAGAAAUCUCCCUUCAUCCCAAGUCACCAACUUGCAGUAAUUUCUUUAAUAUCAAACAUGUAUUCUCUACCAAGCAUGCCUUCAACAACAUCAGUUUUAUCAACAUACACUAGUUUUGCUGCGUCUGCAAUGCUUGUCCGGUCAGUGUUCAAUGAAGUUCAGGCCGUGAUUAACCAAUUAAUCCCCCAAAAACUGCAAGAAAGAAUAUCAUCAAGUCUCGGACGCCUUUUUGGAGAUGACUCUUCUCGUUUGACUAUCAUCGUCAAUGAAUACAAUGGUUGCUCCAUCAAUGAAAUGUACGAGGCUUCUGAGGUCUACUUGAGCACUAGAAUCACUCGCUCUAUCGGACAGCUUAAGGUUUUCAAGGAUCCAGGGAACAAAGGCCUUUCUGUCACGAUCAACGAAGGCCAACAGAUUAUCGACACAUUCGAAGGAAUUGAGCUAGCUUGGGAAUUCGCGUCGACCGAGACCCAACAAACGGUUGUAGAUGUUGAAAGCUGGUCCCAAUCAUCAGAAAAAAAGGAGCAUAAAACAAUACUGCUGAGCUUCCACAAGAAUCACAACGAAAAGGUUUUGAACACUUUCCUCCCCUAUGUACUCGAAAGAUCCAAAGCCAUUAAGAAUGAAAACAGGGUGCUCAAGCUGCAAGCACUUGGAAAUUACCAAGGUGUCAGCCUUAGCCAUCCGUCCACUUUCGACACACUAGCAAUGGACCCGGAACUCAAGAAGGAGAUAAUGGAUGACCUUGACAGAUUUGUGAAGCGAAAGGAUUUCUACCUAAGAGUAGGAAAACCAUGGAAACGUGGGUACUUGUUGUAUGGUCCUCCUGGCACAGGCAAGUCCAGCUUGAUAGCAGCUAUGGCUAACUACCUCAAGUUUGAUAUCUACGACCUGGAACUUGCAAGUUUGCGUGGCAAUUCAGAUCUGAGGUCAUUGCUAACUAGGACAACAAAUCGAUCGAUAAUUGUAAUUGAGGACAUUGAUUGUAGUAUUGAGUUGCCGGACCGAAAACAUGGAGCGUACAUCCAGGGUGAGAGCCAGCAAUUAACUUUGUCUGGACUGCUUAACUUCGUCGAUGGUUUAUGGUCAAGCUGUGGAGAUGAGAGGAUAAUUGUGUUCACAACCAACUACAAAGACAAGCUAGAUCCUGCAUUGCUGAGACCAGGCCGUAUGGACAUGCACAUCCACAUGUCCUACUGCACUCCUUGUGGAUUCAGGAUUCUUGCUUCUAACUAUCUCAACGUUAAGGACCACAGCCUUUUCAGUCAGAUUGAGGAGUUGAUAAUGGAAGUGGAAGUGACUCCAGCAGAAGUUGCAGAGGAACUCAUGAAGAAUGAAGAUGUUGAUACUGCGCUUACAGGGAUCAUUGGAUUUCUAGAAAGAAAAAAAGGAUUGAAAAGAAAACAAUCUGGUGUCGAAGAACAAAAGGUAGGGGAUGAAAAUCAGGAAGAAAAUGACAAGAAAAAUGAAAGCCAGGAAAUGGAGGAGAAGCGCGAGAAGAGGAAAGUCAAGAGAAAUAAGAGGAAGAUGGCUAGAAGAGCAAAAGGGAGAAAGCAAUAGAGGAUAACUCGAAGGUGUUCUAUCUUGAUUCCAUAAAGUAAAAUAAAUCCUACUGCGUCUCUUGUUCUUGAAUAGCUUACUGUAUGAAGCACAUAUUCUCAACUAUAUUAAUAAAAAGUAUGAAACAA